AGAGGGAGGGUGAGGGAGUGAGUGAAUGAGUAAGUGAAUGAGUGAGUGAGGCCAGUAAGAGCUUGUUAAGGAGGGCGUUUGACAGAGAUGGUCGUAUUUAUAGGUGGAGAGAUAGAUAGAACGAGACAUUGCGAGAGAGAGACAGAGAAGGAGGAAAACCCAGACACAAUAAGAGAGGAAACAAGACAAAGAGGAGGAGAGGGCGAGCGAGGGAUCAUGCUGAGGAGGAAGAGGAGCGUGUCAUUCGGAGGCUUCGGAGGGAUUGAUAAAUCCACAGUCGGUGCGCUCAGAGCUCGUAAACAGGAGCUACUGACCAUUUCCAAUGUUCCUCUGGCAGACUGCCCCCCCUCCCCCCCACGCACCGCACCCCCCACCAUGAAGUCGGCCCACUUCUUUGACCAGAUGGACAAAAUGGAGCAGGUGCCGGAAGCAUCCGAGAUGAAGACAAUCCCUCAGAGACAGAAGGACGACUAUAUUCCUUACCCAAGGAUCGAGGAGGUGUUGGAAAGGGGGCCCCCGUACCCUCAGAUCAUCCUACCUGUGUUUGGAGGUUACUGGAUCGAAGAUCCUGAGGCUCCUCCCACUUCUCUGGAGAGCACAACAGGGGAGGAAGAGGAAGAGGAAGAGGGGGGAGGUUCGAGGGGAGGAUUAGAGGAAGAAGACACACCCGCAGAGGAUUAUGGGUACCAUCUGGAGGUGAAGAACAAAGCUGUGCGGGCGUACAGGAAACACUUCUUGGGCAGGGAACAUCUAAACUUCUCCUGCUCGCUUAGCAGCGUGGGAACUCUGCUGCUGUCAGUGAGACACGAGGAAGAGGAGGAGGAAGAGCACCUCCAUGUUAUCAUCAGGUCUCGGCUGAAAAGUGUCUAUCACAGAUUAUCACUGAGUGACCUGCCUGACAUCCCCAGUGUACCACAGCUAGCCAAGCUCCUGUGUGAUGAAGCAGCAGCUCUGCGUUUCAGUCCCGUUCUCUACCCGAAGGCGUCGCAGCUCAUCAUCAACUACGACGAGCACGAGGUCAACAACACCUUCAAGUUCGGAGUCAUUUACCAGAGAUUUGAACAGGUUUCAGAGGAGGAGUUGUUCAGGAACAACGAGGAGACGUCAGCUUUCACAGAGUUUCUGCAGCUUCUGGGAGAAACUGUGGAUCUGCAGGACUUCAGAGGGUUUCGAGGAGGUCUGGAUGUUUCCCACGGUCAGACAGGUUCUCAGUCCGUCUACACCGUCCACAGACGGCAGGAGAUCAUGUUCCACGUGUCCACCAAGCUGCCUUUCACUGAGGGAGACACACAGCAGCUUCAGAGGAAACGUCACAUUGGAAAUGACAUCGUGGCGGUCGUCUUCCAAGAGGAAGCCACGCCCUUCGUCCCCGACAUGAUCGCCUCAAACUUCCUCCACGCCUUCAUCGUCGUGCAGGUGGAGGAUCCGGGUUCUGAUGUCACCACAUACAAGGUGUCCGUCACUGCGCGAGAAGAUGUUCCUCCGUUUGGCCCGCCCCUCCCGAAUCCUGCCGUCUUUAAGAAGGGUCCAGAGUUCAGAGAGUUUCUUCUCACAAAGCUCAUCAACGCUGAGGUGUCGUGCUACAAGAGCGACCGCUUCGCCCGACUGGAGGAGCGCACUCGCACCGCCCUGCUGGACGGCCUCCACGACGAGCUGCACAGACGAUCCCAGAGCAUGCUGGGUAUGACAUCAGGUGUGGAGGAGGAGGAGGAGCGAGUCGAGAACGGACACGCCCACGGAGGACUGCUGGAGUCCAUCAAGAGGGCGAUGCGAGGGCGGAGCGUCUCCAUGGAAACGAUGUCGAGGGGUGGGGGCGGUCUGCCUACUAGCCUGAGUGGGGGCGGUCUGGCACACCUCAGCACAGAGUAUAACGUGAAGUCUCCGGUGAAGCGCCGCUCGGGUCUUUUUCCUCGCCUGCUGAGCGUCGACAGCCAAACAGAGAGACAGAACCAGAGAAGUCUCCUCAGUGAGCAGAGGAGCUUCGACGGCUGUCAGCCGACGCUGGAGGUGAAGUCAGAGCUGCCGUCCAAUCCCAGCUCCCCGGAGGCGGGACAACGCGACAGGUUUCACGUGAAGAAGAGCAGUAAAAUCUCCAGAUCCACAUCUAGCACCUGCAGCUUCAGCGUGUCCACUGAGGACACUCACCUGGUGAGACCGCACACGCUUACAGACGAUGAACGUAUUCUGCUCUUUGUUCAAUCGGGUCUCUGUGUUCAGGUCGCUCAGGCUGCAGAGGGUCAAAGUUCAACUCCGCUCAUCGUCUGCCGCAGCCCUACAGACAUGAGAAAUAAAAACUCGCCGCGAUCAAACCUCAGGUUUCGCUUCGACAAACUGAGUCACUCUGCUGCGCAGGGACAUUAGGCUGAGGACGCCGCAGUGGGAGGGGCUUAUCUGUGCUGAGUUUCCAACAACAACAGGAAGAUUCGGAUGACGAGGAUUUAUCAGUUUUCAGAGGUGGUGGAAUCACCAGUAACCAAAUCAAUUUAUUUUGAAAAGGUCCACUUCCUGUUACACAACUUCUACUUUUCUUGAUUGAUGACGAAUGAACUGCAACGUUUGUGCUUCACUCACACUUUUACUUUUUCUACUUUAAUUGUAUUUUGAUGCAAAUACUUUUGUAAUUUUACUCUGAGAAAAUCUUUAGGUUUUUCUACACUGUGGUGUACACACACACACACACACACACACACACACACGUAUGUGCUCUUGUUCUGUGUUGUUUCACUUCCCUCCAGUUACCACAGCAACGCUUCACCUGUUAGAGACUCAACCGCCAUGUGACACUUGUGUUUCUAAACAUAAACAGUUUGAAUAUUUGUUUUCCUCGUUGUUUCUAAAGGUGUAGCGUCUGUUGUUGUUUGUGCGUUAUUUACAUUUAUACUCAGUUAUUAACACAGAAUGAUUAUUGAUUAAAAACCAACUGUUUGCGAUCAUUUAUUCAGACGUGACGGCCGUUGUAUUUGUUUAGCGCCAUUUACAGUAAACAUGUUGUUGGUGUUUAUAAUCGUUUGCAAACAUGUAACAAGGAUUUAUUUGUGUUCGUUUUUCAUUUAUAAAAACUGCUUUUAAUCAUU